AUGUAUCUGCCCGACUUCAUCAUCUUGGACAUUCUUUCUCGGCUUCCAAUCAGGACCCUCUUACAGUCCAGGUGCGUCUGCAAAACUUGGUUCAACUUACUCUUAGACCCUUAUUUCAGUAGUGUUCGUCUCGCAACAUCACCCCCCUUCAUCAAUAUUGUGUUUCCAUCGCUCAAUGGUUUUUCCUUGGUUGAACUACAGGACCAUGUCUGUAACUACACUAAUCAACGUCACAGACCGUUGUGGUUCCGAAAACUUCUACCGGCAAUGUCGUCCAUUUUUAGACUAAAUUUUUUGGGUUCUUGCAAUGGUUUACUCUGUUUCUCGGAUCACUACCAUAACAAUGUAAACAUACUCAACCCAAUUUCGGGAGAAUAUGUUGCCCUUCCAAAACCCAAAACCGAGAAAGAGAGAGAUUUUGAAGGUGUGGCUUAUGGGUUUGGGUGUAGUUCGGCCACCGGCCACUACAAGGUCGUGAUUGUAUGUAAAAUGGUUGAGGUUUUUAGUCUUGCAUCUGGUGUAUGGAGGAAUCUGGGAGAUUCCCCGUUAGCCCCGUUAUCAUUUUUUCCAUCAGAGAGUGAGGUUGGGGUUACUUUGAACGGGGCUAUCCAUUGGGCUGUGAAUCGUUGUCAACUUAUAUUUUCUUUUAAUGUUGAGGACGAACAAUUCGGCUCAAUUCCACUGCCUCCGGGUUUGGAAUCUUUUGCCAGGUUGGGAGUGCUGGGGAACUGCCUCUGUGUAGUUGCAACUCGCGAGCAUCAGAUUGAUCUGUGGUCGAUGAAACAUUAUGGAGUUGCUACGUCUUGGAGUAAAGACUGCAUUUUGAAUACCACAAUUCUGUUGGAGAUGGGGAUCACAUGUUCCCCACUUCAACCGAUCACAAUUUGGAACGAUGGAGAGAUCUUGAUGUCAAGUAAUGUUGGUACUCUGGUUUCUUAUAAUCCGAAACGGAGGAAUUUAACUAGGCUCAGGGUUAGUGGUAUUGGAUUAGGGAAAAUAGCAGUUAGUUUUGUCUCAAGCUUUCAGUCACUCAAGGAUGUUCCCCUGGCCGAAUGUUUGAGGAUUUUGAAUGUCAAUUCAAAUUAG